CGCGCUUGCUGCUCAAUGCGCCACUUGGUCAGACGCGAGCAUCCCGCCGGACGAGCACUAGGACUCACUGAGCUUCUCCAACGGUACUUGCGACCAACAAGUACAGAAAAGGGUUUUUUGUAGUUGUUUGGGUUUUUUUUUUCUCUUUAAUGUGUCGCAAUGGAAUUCCUUCCCGUGGAUUUAAAGUGAAGACAACUUUGCGCAUUUUCUUCCAACGGGGCUUCUGUGGCGCGUAAGGAAAGAAUGAUGCUCGCUGGACUCUGGCUUCUUCUGCCGCUUUUAGAUGUGCUGCAUGGGGCCGAAGAGGGCGGGCGGACAUCGCGCAUGGACUGCGUACGGGCCAGCGAGCAGUGCCUGAAGGAGACGGCGUGCAGCAGCAAAUACCGCACCUCGCGGCAGUGCGGCACGGGCAAGGAGGGAAACUUUAGCGCCGUGGCGCGGCACGAAGCGCAGAAAGAGUGCCGCGGAGCCGUGGACGCGCUCAAGCAGAGCCCGCUCUACAACUGCCGUUGCAAGAGGGGCAUGAAGAAGGAGAAGAACUGCCUGCGCAUCUACUGGGGCAUCUACCAGACCUUACAAGGUAACGACUUUUUGGAGGAUUCUCCUUAUGAGCCUGUCAACAGCCGCUUGUCGGACAUUUUCCGCCUGGCACCCAUCAUUGAGGGUGCCGAACCACGGAGCGGAUCAGCCACAUUGUCGCCGACGAGGGGGGGCGGCCGGGCCCGGGGCCCUAAGCUGGGCCGGGGUGGGGCCUUCUCAACAGACCUGCAGGACCCCAGUAGAAACAGGAGGGCCCACCCCAAUUGGGCCAUAUUGGGUGAGCCGGCGGUGGCCCGGGAGAACAACUGCCUGAACGCGGCCAAGGCCUGCAACUUGAACGACACCUGCAAAAAGUACCGCUCGGCCUACAUCAGCCCGUGCACCAGCCGCGUUUCCACUGCUGAAGUCUGCAACAAAAGGAAGUGCCACAAGGCCCUCAGGCAGUUUUUUGACAAGGUUCCUCCAAAGUACAGCUACGGAAUGCUGUUCUGCUCGUGCCCGCUGAGCGACCAGACGGCGUGCUCGGAACGCCGGCGGCAGACCAUCGUGCCCGUCUGCUCCUACGAGGAAAAACAAAAGCCCAACUGUCUGGAGCUGCAGGCCUCCUGCAAGACCAACUACAUCUGCAGGUCGCGCCUGGCCGACUUCUUUGCCAACUGCCAGUCGGAAGCGCGCUCGCUGUCUGGCUGCCUGAAGGAAAACUACGCAGACUGCCUGCUGGCCUACUCGGGCCUCAUCGGCACAGUGAUGACGCCCAACUACCUUCGCUCGCCCAAGAUCAGCGUGUCUCCGUACUGCGACUGCAGCAACAGCGGCAACAGCAAAGACGAGUGCGAAAAGCUGGUCACCUUCUUCACCGACAAUACGUGCCUGCGUAACGCCAUCCAGGCCUUCGGGAACGGCACGGACAUGAGCGUGUGGCAGCCCCCGUCUCCCGGCCAAACCACCACCGCCGUCACGUCGCCGCGCCAACGCCACCCCAACAACCACGUGGACAACCACAUCGAGAGCGACCCCAGAAUAUACCACUUCUGCGGAAGUCUGCAGGCUCAGAAGUUGAAGUCCAACUCCAGCGUCGACAGCAUCUUCUGCGUGGACCCGCAGAUGGAUGGUCCGAGCACAUCCAACGCCAUUGUGAGGAAUUCAUCCGGCGACCGCCGACCCGUCGCGCUGACAUCUCUGCUGCCCCCGCUGCUAUUGUUGUGGUACUGCGGCCGCAGUUUCAAAUCCACGCUCGGUGACUUGUAGCCUCGCGCCGGAAAAUGUCAGACUGACGAAACAAAUUUAUAAGAAAAAACAUAUAUGUUAAAAAAAAAAAAAAAAAAAAAGAAAUAAUGUGAACUUGUUUCCUUCCUUCUCGGUAUAUCCUCACUGUAUGACUUCCCUCCGGAUCGCUCUUAAUUCUUUUUUUUUUUUCUUUUUACGUUGUGAUGGACUUUUUUGAUGUACUUUGUGUUCUAUGCGUUGGUGAAAUAAUACGGGAAUUCUGAUUAGUGUUGCACUGAUACGGCACUAAAAAAAUAACGUGCCGAUGCUGCGCAAUAUGUACUUUUCCAAAUCUAAUUCGCAACUGCUGCCCUACCUAAAAUGGCCGCCAGCUACGCACACCGCUAUAAAAAAUGGAGUACUUGUCACCCUUCCCAAUCAUUACGGAAGAAUAUUGCUGCCACCCCAAAUGAAAAAAAAAAAUCCAAUAUUACGUUCUUUCAUCUUGUCACGUGACAUGAUAGUAUCUUAAAUGAUAAUUAAUAUGUGCUUAUGUGAAAAUGGUCAUGCUUUAACGUGAUUGUUAUCACAUUUUUGCAUGAUAGUUAUCACGUUUCUACAUGCUAUCAUGAUUUUACAUGAUACUACAAUCCAUAUAUAUAUAUAUAUAUAUAUAUAUAUAUAUAUACAUGCACAUAUAUAUAUAUAUAAAUGAACUAAAGUCAUGAUAACUAUCAUGUAAUACUAAUCACGUAAAAACAUGAAAAUUUUCACAUGAGCACGUAAUAAUUAUCAUGUAAAACCGUGAGAACUAUCUUGUAUAGCCAGUGGCGCCACCAGGGGGUGGCCAGGGGUGGCCACGGCCACCCCUAUAAAUUGGUUGGCCACCCCACUGGCCACCCCGCUUGCCAGUAUAUCAUUAGAUUGUUGUAGCAUCAGUUAUGCAUUUCAUCCCAAAUUAAUGCAUUUAUUUUGUUUUUGUUUUUUUAAUGCAGGGCUGUCAAAUUUACUGCGUUAACGGGUGGUAAUGAAUUUUUUUUAAUGAAUCACGUAAAAAUAUUUACAAGCAUUCAUUGGGGCCAUGCUUUUAAUUGGCAAAAGCUUUGUCAUCUCCCCCACAGCAACUAUAAAUAUUGUGGGAAGCGACGUGGGGAAGAAUGACAGGAGUUGAUCUUUUUCUUAAUACCAUGUAGUGUACCCAACGCAGAGAAGAUAUAGCAUUUGCUGCUACCACACACAGUCAUGGUUACACCACUUUCCGUCAUGCAUUUGGGCAGAACAGUUAAGUCGCUAAGAUAUCAUUUACUAAAAGCUGAACAAAUACACUAGAUGGCAAUAUUUAGUCACAAUAUACAAACUCACAUUUAUCCUUUAAGAAUUACAAGUCUUUCUAUCCGUGGAUCCCUUUCACAGAAAGAAUGUUAAUAAUGUUAAUGCCAUCUUGUGGAUUUAUUGUUAUUAUAAACAAAUACAGUACUUAUGUACAGUAUGUUGAAUGUAUAUAUCUGUCUCGUUUUAUCUUUCCAUUCCAACAAUAAUUUACAGAAAAAUAUGGCACAUUUUAGAGAUGGUUUGAAUUGCGAUUAAUUAUGAUUAAUUAAUUUUUAAGCUGUGAUUAACUCGAUUAAUAAUUUUAAUCGUUUGACAGCCUUAGUUAAAUGUACACCUUAUGCCUGAUAUAUACAUAACACGAUAAAACAGAAUUGUUAUGGAACUCAAAAAUUUUGACUGGACAGUUAUGGACUAUGCACAUUAAAUCAUUAGUAACAUCAAAUAUUACGCAAUAGACUAAUGUAUAUCAGUAGCCGUGUCCUUAAGUCUUUCUGAUAGUUUUCCCCUGACUUUUUUACUGCAAUAAUAUAAUGAAAACCUGAAAUUAUGGCUUUUAGUUUUGGCCACCCCAAGAUUUUAAGUGGCCCCAUCUGGCCACCCCAUGAAAAAUUUCUGGAGGCGCCACUGUGUAUAGCGUAAAAAUAAUCAUGUAAAAUGUGAUUAUUAUCAUAUAAAAGCAUAAGUAUCAUGUAAAAACAGUCAUCAUGUAAAAAAUGUGAUGAAUGUCAUGCAAAUCUUGAUACGAUCAUGUCAAAAUGUGAUAACGAUCAUGGCAUAAUGUGAUGCUAUCAUAUUAUACCAACGUGUUUCUAUCAUGUAAAAACGUGAUAAUUAUCAUGUAAAAACGUGAUGCUAUCAUGUAAAAAUGAGAUAAUUAGCAUGUAAAAAAAACAUGUAUCUCAAGUAUCAAGAUUUACAUAAGUUAUCAUGAGACGAUAUGUAAAAACAAAAAUUAUCAUGUAAAAAUGUAUCAUUUAAAAACAUAACUAUCAUGUGUAACUGUAAAAAUGUGAUACUAUCAAAUAAAAAUGUGAUACCAUCAUGUAAAAAUGUGAUAAUUAGCAUGUCAUAACGGGAUGGUUACCAUGUAAAAACGUGAUAACUAUCAUGUAAAAAUGUGAUACUAUCAUGUAAAAAAAAAAAUUUGUGAUAACUAUCAUGUAAAUCUUGAUUCUUUCAUGUAAAAAUGUGUUACUAUUAUGUGAUAAUUACCAUGUAAAAAUGUGAUAACUAUCAUGCAAACACGUGACAACUAUCAUAUAAAAACGUGAUAAUUACAUGUGAAAACGUGAUAAUUACCAUGUAAAAAAACGCGAUAAGUGAUGCUAUCAUGUAAAAACGUGAUACUAUCAUGUAAAAAAAAAACGUGAUAUCAUGUAAAUCUUGAUACUUUCAUGUACAAAUGUGGCACUAACAUGUAAAAAUGUUUUACUAUUAUGUAAAAAUGUGAUAACUAUCAUGAAAAUGCGUGAUAACUAUCAUAUAAAAACAUGAUAAAGCAUCAUGUAAAAAUGUGAUGCUAUCAUAUACCAACGUGUUGUUAUCAUAUCAAAACAUGAUAAUUACCAUGUAAAAACGUGAUCGUUACCAUGUAAAAACGUGAUGCUCUCAUGUAAAAACGAGAUAAUUAGCAUGUAAAUCUUGAUACUUUCAUGUAAAAAUCUGAUAUUACUAUGUAAAAACGAGAUAAUUACCAUGUAAAAACGUGAUAACUAUCAUGUAAAAAAUGUGAAAACAAUCAUGUAAAAAUGUGACCCCAAACUUUUUUAUGGGUGGCAGCAAUACACUUCCAUACAACCUUUUGCUGUGAAUUAGUUAAUGACUCAUAGAUGUCCAAUCCAUUUGAAGUGAGAGGGUGGCAGCGAAGGAACAUUUGUAUAGCUCUGUCAUCGUAGUCAAUGAGGUAAAAAAAAAAAAAAUCCCUCCCACCAAUUAGUUUAUCACUGGUAGAUACGUCAAUGGCAGACAAUGAGUUAAGCAAUGAUAGCAAUGAUUUAGUUAUGUAGCACUAAAUUUAAAAAAUGUAUCAGCACAUCGGCCAGCUGUCGGAAUCAGCCAAAAAAUGGUAUCGGUGCAACACUACUUCUGAUUAGUCGACCCGAUACGUGAAAAACAAACGAAAAGUCCGGUUGAUGCCGACGAUCUUUUAAUUUCCGUUUGUUGACAGUUUUACGGACAGAGAAGCUUAAAUGGUAACGCGAACGUCCCAGAAAGCGCACGAUUCAUCCAUUAUCUCUAUAGCGCUUAGCCUCACGAGGGUUGCCAGAUUUGAAAUGCAGGAAGUCUGCAUUUUGUUUUGAAGUAGCCGUUUUAGGCUCAUUUCCAUUUCUGAGUUUUGGGAAAAUUCAGCCCCUGACGCCAAUUUAUCUUGGCAACCUGAAAUUAUGUGGACAUGUUUCAUGAUUAGACCCACAAAAAAGUCUCAAGAGACAAAACCUGAAACAAAAACACAUUUUCCCACCUUUAACUGAAUAUUUUACUUGGGUUUUUGCUCGUGGGCCUUGUGGCAACGUUUCACGACGAGAUGUGACGCAUGCAUUUUUAUUUUUAUUUUUUAAAUAUCAUUUUGGUCAACUUGGCUCAUCAAGCAAAUAAAUGUACUCAAAGCAUUUCAACGUCAGAACCGUGUUAUUAAGUAUUUGGAGGGAUUUGAUCUCAUUUCUGCAAACCAGGGGUGUCAAACAUCAUUUUGUGAAGCUCAUGAAAGUAAACCAUGUGCAAAGACUUAUGGGGGUGCCGUUUUUAAAGCAGCACAUGCUGAAAAUGACGACAUUUUCUCACAUUUAGCGCCACACAUUGUUUAAAAUGGUGUGAAAUUUUUAGUCACUUUUUUUUUUUGCACAUUUACAACAUUAUUUGGCAACUUAUUUAUUUUUAAAUAAGAAGUUUUGUACCUGAUUGUUUAAAUCCAGAACUAAAUAUUUAAUUUAAAUCUUAAAUUUAUAUCCUAAAUCCUAAAUGUUAAAUCAGGAAACGGUCGGAACUAAAUAUUUAGCUUAAUAUGCAAAUGCACAUAUCUGGAGACCGAAAGUAACAAAAUAAAAGCUGGUGGAGCAGCUUAGACUUUGUUUACGUUGCUUGAAAAUAAAUGAAACCUACUCAACGGUGGCAGUCUGCUCUUGGACAUGAGUCAUUGUGAUAAUAACAAUAUAUAGGAAAAAUAAAUAUUUAGGAGAAACUAUUUAAAGAGUAUUUUGUGUGCUCCAGCUUUUAUUUUGUUACUUCCGGUCUCCAGUCAUGUGAAUUUGUAUAUUAAGCUAAAUAUUUAGUUCCAACCGUUUCCAGAUUUAGCAUUAAGGAUAUAAAUUUAAGAUUUAAAUUAAAUAUUUAGUUCUGGAUUCAAACAUUCAGGUCCAAAAUUUCUUAUUUAAAAAUGAAUAUUUAAGUUGCUAAAUAAUGCUGUAAAU